UGCGCAAAGCUGGCGCCAGAAUCCCGGACUACAGCUCCCAGCGGAACCUGACCUUGGUCGCAGGCGCUUAGCCGACGGCGCCAUCUUGAAAUCUGAUCCUCAAUCUCUGAGACUUUGCGUCAGCAACGGGUAGCCGCUAGUGUACGGGGAAGCCAGCCUGCUCAAAGGGGAGGACGUUUAGGACGCGGCGGCUGGCGGGGAAGACAGCUGUAGGAGAUAUGGCAGGUUGCGAGCGCGGCCUGCGUCGCUGUCACUCAGCAUCCCCCUGAGGUGUUUCUACACCCGACCCCUCCCCGAGGGGGCGGGGCUGACCACUGUGGUACCCAGAGCAGGCGCGCGGGUGGCAGAGGUGCGCGCCUGCAGAGUGGAGACCCCACCGGGCUGUGUGUCCUGCUAGCUGGAGACUACCGAGGCGGGAGACCGAGCGCAGUGAAGAACGAGUGAGUGAUCCCGGAGCAGCCGCGGACCGCAGGGAAGCUCGGCACUCGCUAGGAGGGAAGAUGAAGGAGAUUUGCAGGAUCUGUGCCCGGGAGCUGUGCGGAAACCAGCGGCGCUGGAUCUUCCACACAGCGUCCAAGCUCAAUCUCCAGGUUCUGCUUUCUCACGUACUGGGCAAGGAUGUCUCCCGCGAUGGCAAAGCAGAGUUUGCUUGCAGCAAAUGUGCUUUCAUGCUUGAUCGGAUCUAUAGAUUCGACACCGUUAUUGCCCGGAUCGAAGCCCUUUCUAUUGAACGUUUGCAGAAGCUGCUGCUGGAGAAGGAUCGCCUGAAGUCCUGCAUUGCUGGCAUGUAUCGGAAGAAUAACGAUGACUCUGGCGCGGAGAACAAGGCGGGGAAUGGGACGGUUGACAUUUCCGGCUUACCCGAUAUGAGAUACUCUGCGCUGCUCCAGGAAGACUUUGCCUAUUCAGGGUUUGAGUGCUGGGUAGAAAAUGAAGACCAGAUUCAGGAGCCACACAGCUGCCAUACUUUGGAAGGCCCUGGAAAUCGACCCAGGAGAUGCCGUGGCUGUGCAGCUUUGCGGGUUGCUGAUUCUGACUAUGAAGCCAUUUGUAAGGUGCCUCGGAAGGUGGCCAGAAGUAUCUCCUGUGGCCCUUCUAGGUGGUCUACCAGCAUUUGCACUGAAGAACCAGCUUUGUCUGAGGUUGGGCCACCAGACUUAAGCACAAAGGUACCCCCAGAUGGGGAAAGCAUGGAGGAAGGGACACCGGGUUCCUCUGUGGAAUCUUUGGAUGCAAGUGUACAGACUAGUCCUCCACAACAGAAGGAUGAGGAAACUGAGAGAAGUGCAAAGGAACUUGUAAAGUGUGACUGUUGUUCAGAUGAACAGGCUCCACUGCUUGUGUGUAACCACAAGCUGGAGCUAGCUCUUAGCAUGAUUAAAGGUCUUGAUUAUAAGCCCAUUCAGAGCCCCCGAGGGAGCAAGCUUCCUAUUCCAGUGAAAUCUAGCCCACCUGGAGCCAAGCCUGGCCAUAUCAUGACAGAUGGAGUUAGUUCCGGUUCCCUUAACAGGACUUUGAAACCCCUUUACAAGACACCUGUGAGUUAUCCGUUGGAGAUUUCAGACCUGCAAGAGCUUUGGGAUGAUCUCUGUGAAGAUUAUUUGCCACUCCGGGUUCAGCCCAUGACUGAAGAGCGAUUCAAACAACAAAAGCUGAAUUCAGAUGAGACCACUAUAAGUCAGCAGUCUGUAUCUGAUCCCCACUUGGCAGACCUCCAGGAAAGAAUCCAGCAAACAGAGGCCGCCAACAAGGUUCUUCAAGAGAAACUGAAUGAAAUGAGCUAUGAACUAAAGUCUGCUCAGGAGUCAUCUCAGAAGCAAGAUAGUACAAUUCAAGGCCUCAAGGAAACCCUGAAAAGUAGGGAAAGUGAGACUGAGGAGUUGUAUCAGGUGAUUGAAGGUCAAAAUGACACAAUGGCAAAACUUCGAGAAAUGCUACACCAAAGCCAGCUUGGACAACUUCAUAGCUCAGAGGGUACUUCCCCAACUCAGCAACAGGUGGCUCUGCUUGAUCUUCAGAGUGCUUUAUUCUGCAGCCAGCUUGAAAUUCAGAAACUUCAGAGGGUGGUACGACAGAAAGAACGCCAACUGGCUGAUGCCAAACGAUGUGUGCAAUUUGUAGAGGCUGCAGCACAUGAGAGAGAACAGCAGAAAGAGGCUUCUUGGAAACAUAACCAGGAACUGCGAAAAACCUUGCAGCAGCUACAAGGAGAAUUACAGAAUAAGUGCCAACAACUUCGUGCCCUGGAGGCUGAAAAAUACAGUGAGAAUCGGACCCAGAAGCAGAACAUUCAACACCUAAACCAUACUCUGAGUCACAAAGAGCAGCUGCUUCAGGAAUUUCGGGAGCUCCUGCAGUAUCAGGAUAACUCGGAUAAAACUCUUGAAGCAAAUGAAAUGUUGCUUGAGAAACUUCGGCAGCGAAUCCAAGAUAGAGAUGUUGCUCUAGAGCGGGCCAUAGAUGAAAAGUUUUCCGCUCUGGAAGAAAAAGAAAAAGAACUGCGUCAGCUUCAUCUUGCUGUGAGAGAGCGAGAUCAUGACUUAGAGAGACUACGUGGUGUCCUCUCUUCCAAUGAAGCUACCAUGCAAAGUAUGGAGAGUCUCCUGAAGGCCAAAGGCCUGGAAGUGGAACAGUUAUCUGCUACUUGUCAAAACUUCCAAUGGCUGAAAGAAGAAAUGGAAAUCAAAUUUAGCCAUUGGCAGAAGGAACAAGAAAGUAUCAUUCAGCAGUUACAGACAUCUCUACAUGACAGGAACAAGGAAGUGGAGGAUCUUAGUGCAACAUUGCUCUGCAAACUUGAACCAGGGCAGAAUAAAAUAGCUGAGGAGCUAUGCCAGCGUUUACAGAGAAAGGAAAGGAUGCUGCAGGACCUUCUAAGUGAUCGAAACAAACAAGCUAUGGAAUAUGAAAUGGAAAUUCAGGUUCUGCUUCAGUCCAUGAGCACCAGGGAGCAGGAGAGCCAAGCUGCUGCAGAGAGGAUGGUACAAGCCCUAAUGGAAAGAAAUUCAGAAUUACAGGCCCUGCGCCAACAUUUAGGAGGGAAAGACUUAAUGGUGUCCCAGUCUAACAAACCAGUUGAAGUUACUUCUGUUAGCCCUCAUCUUGGAGAGCAGCCUGAUCAAGUUUCAAUGCAAAUACCCUCCAGAGAUGACAGCACUUCAUUGACUGCCAAAAGGGACGCCAGUAUGCCCAGGUCCACUUUAGGAGACUUGGACACUGUUUCAGGGCUGGAAAAAGAACUGAGUAAUGCCAAAGAGGAACUUGAACUCAUGGCUAAAAAAGAAAGGGAAAGUAGGAUGGAACUUUCUGCUUUACAGUCCAUGGUGGCUGUCCAGGAAGAAGAGCUUCAGGUGCAGGCUGCUGAUAUGGAGUCCCUGACAAGGAACAUACAGAUUAAAGAAGACCUUAUAAAGGAUCUGCAAAUGCAACUGGUUGAUCCUGAAGACAUACCAGCUAUGGAACGCCUGACCCAAGAAGUCUUGCUUCUUCGGGAAAAAGUUGCUUCAGUAGAAUCACAGGGUCAAGAAACUUCAGGAAACCGAAGACAACAGUUGCUGCUGAUGCUGGAAGGACUGGUAGAUGAACGGAGUCGGCUCAAUGAGGCCUUACAAGCAGAGAGACAACUCUAUAGCAGUCUGGUGAAGUUCCAUGCCCACCCAGAGAACUCUGAGAGAGAUCAAACUCUGCACGCGGAACUGGAAGGCGCCCAGGUGUUACGUGGUCGGCUAGAAGAAGUUCUUGGAAGAAGCCUGGAGCGCUUAAGCAGGCUGGAGACCCUGGCCGCCAUUGGAGGUGCAGCUUCAGGGGAUGACAUCGAAGAUGCAAGCACUGAGUUCACUGACAGUAUUGAGGAGGAGGCUGCACACAACAGCCACCAGCAUUUCAUCAAGGUGGCUUUGGAGAAAAGUCUGGCAGCUGUGGAAAUCCAGAGCAUAUCUCUUGCCCCUACUUCCCUGACAGGAGGGGACAGUAACAGGGAUCUUCAGGAGGAAAUGCUCCACCUGAGGGCAGAGAUCCACCAGCACUUAGAGGACAAGAGAAAAGCUGAAGGAGAACUGAAGGAGCUAAAGGCUCAAAUUGAGGAAGCAGGAUUCUCCUCUGUGUCCCACAUCAGGAACACCAUGCUGAGCCUUUGCCUUGAGAAUGCAGAGUUGAAAGAGCAGAUGGGAGAAGCAAUGUCUGAUGGAUGGGAAAUGGAGGAAGACAAGGAGAAAGGCAAGGUGAUGGUGGAGACUGUGGUAGCCAAAGGGUGUCUGAAUGAGAAUGGUCUUCAGGCUGAAUUCAGGAAGCUCCAGGGAAAACUGAGGAAUGCCCACAACAUCAUCAAUGUCCUUAAAGAGCAGCUGGUGCUCAGUGUUAAAGAUAGGAAUAGUAAAAUUACUCCAGACCAACUUGUGCACCUGGCCAGGGAGAUGGAUAGAAUGGACCCAGAACUGGUUUGUUCACCUGGGAAGAACCAACACCAAGAGGUGGAGGAUGCUGCCAUGAAGCCCUGUCCCGGACCCCAGAGCCUCAAUCUUGGGGCUGCCCUCCCAGUGGAUGCCCUCCAAGUGCAUAGCCUGUCCCAGGCCAGUGACCCUGGGCCUCAGUCAGAAUUUAGCCUCCCAGGAUCCACCAAACACCUGCGCUCACAGCUUGCACAAUGCAGACAACACUACCAAGAUCUCCAGGAGAAGCUGCUGAUAUCAGAGGCCACUGUCUUUGCCCAGGCCAACCAGCUGGAGAAACUCAGAGUCAAAUUUAGUAAAUCCUUGGUGAAGCAGGACAGCAAGCAGGUCCAGGUGGACCUCCAGGAUCUGGGCUAUGAAACAUGUGGCCGAAGUGAGAAUGAGGCCGAGCGGGAGGAGACUACUAGUCCUGAGUGUGAGGAGCACAACAACCCCAUGGAAACAGUUCUGACAGAGGGGCUGGGCUCCAAGCAGGGACUCCUGGGCUUGGCACUGAACAGUCCCCCAAGGAAGAAGCCCCUUGAGAUUCACCAAGGGAAGCAGGAUGACUUCGAGGAAUAUGGAACAUCAGAAGACAUCUCUGCCCUACAGGAGGACAUAAAAACUCUGAAGGCCCAGCUGCAGAAGUCCAACAAGGUCAUUCAGAACCUCAAGAGCCGUGUCCGGUCUCUCUCAGUUACAAGCGAUUAUUCAUCCAGUCUGGAAAGGCCCCGAAAGAUGAAAGCCAUUGGCACCCUCAAGGGGUCCUCACCUCACAGUGCCACGGAUGAGGAUGAGGGGUGGCUAUCUGAUGGCACUGGGGCUUUCCGUUCCCCAGGUCUUCAGGCCAGAAAGGAUCUGGAGAGUCUCAUCCAGAGAGUGUCCCAGCUGGAGGCUCAGUUCCCAAAAACCGGACUGGAAGGGAGGCUGGCAGAGGAGCUGAGAUCAGCCACAUGGCCUGGGAAAUAUGAUUCCCUGAUUCAAGAUCAGGCCAGAGAACUGUCCUACCUACGGCAGAAAAUACGAGAAGGGAGAGGUAUCUGUUACCUUCUCACACAGCAUACGAAAGAUACAGUAAAAUCUUUUGAGGACCUCCUCAGAAGCAAUGACAUUGACUACUACCUGGGGCAGAGCUUUCGGGAGCAACUCGCCCAGGGAAGCCAGAUGACAGAGCGGCUCACCAGCAAACUAAGCACCAAGGAUCAUAAAAGUGAGAAAGAUCAAGCUGGACUUGAGCCAUUGGCCCUCAGGCUCAGCAGAGACUUGCAGGAGAAGGAGAAAGUGAUUGAAGUCCUACAGGCCAAGCUGGAUGCCCGGUCCCUGACCCCCUCCAGCAGCCAUGGCUUGUCUGACUCCCACCGCUCUCCCAGCAGCACCUCCUUCCUGUCUGAUGAGCUAGAAGCCUGCUCCGACAUGGACAUAGCCAGCGAGUUCACCCACCAAGAACAGAAGAAUGUUUCACCCGAUCACUCAGAUUACAUCCAUCAUUCGAAUCAUUCUGCUGUGUUUUCUUCUAAACCAUCAACAACCAAUGCUUCUCAGGGGGUUAAGGCCGAAUCCAGCAGUAACCCCAUCAGCCUGCCAACUCCCCAGAAUCCCCCUGAGGACGCCUCCCAGGUCCAUCCAGGCUUUCAUUUUAACUCCAUACCCAAGCUGGGUAGCCUCUCCCAGGCUCCACUGCCCUCAGCUCCACCCAGCUUCCUGCCUUUCAGUCCCCCUGGCCCUCCCCUCUUUGGCUGCUGUGACACACCGGUGUUUUCCUUGGCCGAGGCUCAACAGGAGCUGCAGAUGCUGCAGAAGCAGUUGGGAGAAAGUAUCAGCACUGUCCCUCCUUCUGCCCCAGCUUCAUUGCCCACCAACCCUUUGGAAGCCAGCUCUUCCCACUACGUCAACCCUGCCCAACCCCACUCUCCUCUGAGGGGCUCCAUAGAACUGGGCAGAAUCCUGGAGCCUGGGUACAUGGGCAGCAGUGGCCAGUGGGACAUGAUGAGGCCUCAGAAAGGGAAUAUAUCUGGGAACUUAUCCUCAGGCUCCUCUGUGUCCCAACUUAACUCCAAACCAACAGGGGCUGACCUACUAGAAGAGCAUCUUGGUGAAAUUCGGAACCUGCGCCAGCGCCUCGAGGAGUCCAUCUGCAUCAAUGACCGCCUGCGUGAGCAGCUGGAACACCGGCUCAGCUCUACUGCCCGUGGAAGUGGGUCCACGUCUAACUUCUAUACUCAGGGCCUGGAGUCCAUACCUCACCUCUGUGAGUACAGAGACCUCAGGGAAGAAAACCGGAGACUUCAGGCUCAGCUGAGUCACAUUUCUAGAGAGCACUCCCAGGAAAUGGAAUGCUUGAGGGAGGCUCUGUUGUCCUCUCGAUCCCGGCUUCAAGAGCUAGAAAUGGAGCUGGAGCACCAGAAGGUAGAACAUCAGCAUCUUAUGGAAGACUUAAAGGCAAAGCAGCAAGAGAUCUUGCAUUUCCAGGAGGAACGACUAUCUCUUCAGGAGAAAGACUCUAGGCUGCAGCACCAGCUGGCCCUCCUGCAGCAGCAGUGUGAGGAGAAACAGCAGCUCUUCCAGUCUCUCCAGUCAGAGCUACAGAUCUGGGAGGCAUUUGAUGGCAAUUCCAAGAAGGGACUGAAAGCUUACAGCUGGGAUGCCUGUCACCAUAUCCCUUUGAGCAGUGACUUGAGCAAGUUAGUGGCAGAGGUACAGGCUUUGAGAGGACAGCUGGAACAGAGCAUUCAGGUGAACAAUUGUCUGCGACAGCAGCUGGAGCAGCAGUUGGACGGCAGAGCCCACACACCAAGCCUCAGCCUCUCCUCUGCCAUCCAGAGCUUCCCAGCCAACACUGAUUCUGGAAAUAAGCAGCCACUCUUCAAAGAUUCAAUUUCUUCCCCACCAGUUCGAGAUGUUGGUGUGACUUCUCCGGCUCUGGUCUUCCCUGGCCCUUGUCCCUCUGCUCCUGGCUCAGAGACUUCCAUCUUCAAUAGGACAAAUGAGCCAAGUGUGGCUGCUUCUCCAGUAAUGAAGGAACCUCCCAAGCUGGAGGGUGAUGCUACUGAUGGCUCCUUUGCCAGUAAGCAUGGCCGCCAUGUCAUUGGCCACAUAGAUGACUAUAGAGCCCUAAGAGAGCAGAUUGGAGAGGGCAAACUGCUGGUCAAAAAGCUAGAGUCUCUUGUGAGAUCAGCAUGCAACUUCCCUGGCCCUGCAGCUCAAGGCACUGAGGUGCUGGGGAGUGAUCGUGACCAUGAGCUUCGCAGCAGCACCCGUGCCCUGCACCACACCCUGGAGGAGUCGGCUUCCCUCCUCACCAUGUUCUGGAGAGCAGCCUUGCCAAACUCCACCAGCCUUGCCCUGCCUGACAAAGUGGGAGAGUCAAUGAAAAGGGAACUUCUGGAACUGAGAACCAAACUAUCCAAACAGGAGGAUCUCCUUCAGACCACAGCUGAGCGCCUGAAUACAGCCAACCAGCAGAAGGAGAGCAUGGAGCAGUUCAUUUUCAGCCACUUGAGCAGGACACAUGAUGUUCUAAAGAAGGCAAGGACUAAUUUGGAGAAGAACACUUACAAGAUUUCUUCUGUAAAGCCUUAUUCCUGUCCCAGCAAAGGUGAAACCCCUAAGGGCUCUGCCAUGCAUUCCAGUCUUGUGACUCUUGCCUUCCAGGAGCCAUGCAAGAAGCGAAGCCACCAGAAGUCCUUAAAACAGCAGGAAGGGUGGACCUGUCCCCCUUUUGUGCAGCUACCUAUCUACUGAGCAGGAGCUGGGCCCCAUUCUACAAACCUGCUGGAAAUGCCAGAAGGAGUCAGAUCUGUCCUGGUGGGGCAGGGAGAAAAGAGGAAGCCUUUCUUGCAGUUAUGGAACACCUUUAGUCAAGAUCCUCCCAGUCCAGCGCUAAGCAAAAUCCACUACUUUUGCAUGCAGGACCUUGUGACACUGCUUCUAAACAGCCUCGGUGGCACUUGGAACUAGCUACAGCACAAGUUUCUCACCUUAGCAGAUAUCCUAAGAUGGUCAACUCAAGGGAAACAGGACCCUGCUUCCUCUGAAUGGAACAUGUGGUCCCAACACUGGAGCUCCACAAGUAGUUCUAAAAGCACAGUACUGAGCAGGACGCCCCGACGGACAGAGUGUUGUGGAGGCUCCAUGAGCUCGGCUCUCAGGCCCACACUGAGUCACAGGCAGGAUGGGCUCCAUCUAUACCUUAGCAUCUGAGUUUUUUUGAGCCCACACCAUGAAAGCAGUGACUACUCAAAUGCCAUCUCAGGCUUGCCAUGGCACCUUCUGUUUAUUUUCUUUUAUGAUCUCCAAAUUUUACCAACCCCUCUCUAAAUUUGCCAUCCCCUUUCUUCCUCCUAACUUUCACCUGGGGAAUUGGGAUUGAUAGCCAAAACAAGCCCUUUGAAAGUCUCAUGGAAAGCAAACCUGUGCUCAUUUUCAAGUAGCAUGUGAGAGACCCCCAGUUAUGCUAAAACCUAGUUUGUGUCUUCACAGUGCUUAUAGGACAUGUGUGUGUAUAAAUGUAUGAUAUAUAUUUAUAUAUGCUGCUUCAGUGAUAUGUUGAAGGUCAAAAUAAAUGGUGGACAGGGUCAGUGAGAGGAAAUAAUCUUUGUAGUGGCUGUCAAGACAAAUGUAUAAGAAAAUAAAUAUUUAGUGUUUCUUUGUCUGGCCUUGUUCUCCAUUCCUGUACCAGAUCCUGGGCAAAUUUUCAUUAAGAAACUCACACUGUAAUGCUCGAAGUAUAAAUUUAAAAGAAUAAAUUUUUCCCCUUU